AUGACUUUUGUCCUGCUUUUGGUAGUCGAUUGCUCGUCGUAAAAGGUAAAUAACAUUCUUACUUUAAUGAAUUAUUAUAUUUAAGUGUUAAGCUACGUCCUGAUAAGCUUCAAUCUUUCAUUUGGUGGGUUUUCUACGCAAUUCUCUCGCGAUCGUCUAAUCGUUCUCUCUCGCAUGUUUUACAGAAACGUGCAAAGUUUUUGUUUUCUUUAAAUCUUAACUCUUCUGUGUCUGUUGUUUAGAUCAUGAUCAUUCCAAUUCGCUGCUUCACUUGCGGAAAAGUUAUUGGAAACAAGUGGGAAGCUUACCUGGGAUUACUUCAAGCAGAAUACACAGAAGGGUGAGCAAAAUAGAGUUGGGUAUCCAAUGUCAGACAAUUCGCCCCCCAGACAAUUAGCCCCCGACAACUAGCCCCCACAUUAUUAGAUUCGAAUUGCGAACUGGGCUGGCUGUUGGGGACGAAUCUUCUGGGGGGCGAAUUGUCUGACGUUCUAAAGUUGCCUGGCUUUGUGCUUUAUUGAGAGAAAUAUAGAAGAUAUCUUAGGAGCUGGCUGCAUGGUAUGGUGGAGAUGUGAUUUACCAGUGACACCUACCCUUCGAAGCCAAAGAUUGAUUGUGGUGUUUGAUGAAGCAGGGUUUAAAGAGAAACUCCAGACCUAAGGAAUUGCAAUUAUUUGAUAAAUAUGUUUAAAAUUACUUUUUCAUCAGCACUUGUUAAUUGGAUACAGAAAAGAGCUUUCCAAAAUUUGUUCAUGCAACUUUUCCAUCACUCAUCCAAAGUAAUCCAACUAGCAAGAAAGUAAUAAAAGGAAAAUUUGAAUUUGCGUCAUUUUGCAAGCUCAGUAAAAUGAUUUUAUUUGCACUACUGUAGAUUUCCAACUUGCACAGCGCGUUUGGAACGUCCGUGAAAAAAUAACUGAACAGGACAUCCCUUAGUGACAGAAAAUAUAGAUAAAGAAAGUAAAAGAAAAAGAAGAAAAAACGCUUACAGUCAAAAAAAAGUUUGUCAUGCAUUGAACGAUCGAAAUGGAAAACGUUAUGCCAGAGGCAGCAUACUUUGUAUUUAGCCGACUGUGUCACUGAUUCAGGACGUACGAGAUUUACAGUAGCUUGCUUGUGACUUGCCCUGGUAGAUAUCUUUAUAGAUCUGGGGUAAAUUUAAUAAAGCUUUUACAAGUGUAAUUUACAAGUGUAGCUAUUAUUUUCAGACUCUAAAACAAUGGCUACACUUGUAAGUUGCCGAUGUAAAAGUUUUAUUAAAUUGACCCCUGGUCCCAGCUGUUUAAAAGGUGGAUAGCACUAUCCACUGGAUAAAAGUCUAUCCACUGGAUAGCGCAAUUGGUUUCCCUAAUACUUAUCCACUGAAUAGUGAUUUAUCUGGUGGUUAGCACUAUCCAGCUCAAAUCCUUGUACUCAGGCGAGGGCCAGAACAAGGAUUUUGGCCGUGUUUCACAGACAGACUAAAUCAGAGUUUAGUUUCAUCUGUGGUGAAGGCUAGCCCAGUGACUAUUGUAAGCUGAACUUGGUAAUCUUUAUCUGAAGAACUUUGUAUUUUUUGCAGAGAUGCUUUGGAUGCACUUGGACUAAAGAGAUACUGUUGCAGAAGAAUGCUUCUUUCACAUGUGGACUUGAUUGAAAAACUGUUGAACUAUGCACCGCUUGAGAAAUAG